AGACACCACUGAGUAAAGGAUCUUAAUACUUCCACCACUGUCAGGUACCAGUAGAGCAUGUUAACAUAUGUAUCAGAGCGAAAGGACAUGAUGGAAGACAUAAAAAGAUGACAGUCCAUACUGGAGUUUGGUGGAACAUGUUUGGAGAAAAGGGCAUACCGGACACUGUAGGAGUGAACUAACUCCAGAAGAUGGCAGUAGGACAACGUUAAGGACUCGAGCUGCCGUUAAACCCCCCCAAAGAACACGAAGAAGGAGAAGAAGCGGAAGCAGCUGCUUUUCAGUCUGCUUGUUUUUGUCGUUGAAUUUCUCAAAAAUGAAACACAACUCGAACGUCCCGGCUUUCCUCGUCAAGCUGUGGACGCUUGUCGAGGAUGCAGACACCAAUGAAUUUAUUUGCUGGAGUCAGGAGGGCAACAGUUUCCUGGUGUUGGACGAGCAGCACUUUGCCAAGGAGAUCCUCCCCAAGUUCUUUAAGCACAACAACAUGGCCAGUUUCAUCAGGCAGCUCAACAUGUAUGGAUUUCGUAAAGUGAUGCACAUUGACACAGGCAUUGUGAAACAGGAGAGAGAUGGUCCAGUGGAGUUUCAGCACCCCUACUUCAAACAUGGACAGGACAACCUGCUGGAGAACAUCAAACGGAAGGUUUCCAACACUCGGCCAGAGGACAACAAGAUUCGACAGGAAGACCUGACAAAGGUCUUGGAGAGUGUUCACAAUGUUAACAGCAAACAGGAGAACAUCGACGUCAGACUGGCAACACUCAAGAGGGAGAAUGAAGCUCUGUGGAGGGAGAUCGCAGAUCUGAGAAAGAUACAUGUCCACCAGCAACAGCUCAUCAAAAAGCUGAUACACUUCAUCUUCACAUUGGUACAGAACAACCGCAUCCUGAAUUUAAAACGCAAGAGUAAAGUGUUUGAGCAGUCUCAUGACAUGUUGGUGUGUCACCGCCCUUCUGACAGGCCGGUUCUUAUGAACAGCAAUGGAAAGAAGUCCAAAUACAUCCAUCAGAUCUAUGAUGACAAAGUGUGUGUGGAACAGUCCUCUGUCAACAGUCUGAACGGUGUGAAGGGCUCGGAGAUAUCAGAUGACGUUAUCAUCUGUGACUUGACUGAGAGUGAUGUCGAGGUGGCAGCUGAGAUCACAGAGGGUUCACCCAGAGCCUACGAGCAAGGUGAUAUAGAAAUCGUGGAGGUGGAGCUGGACAGCUGUGCGGUACUGCCAGCUGAGACGGAGGUGAGCACCACCAGCACGGAUGACAUGAAACAGACAGAGGCUGGUGUGUCGUCAGCAGCAGCAGCAGACGACAGCCAGCGGAGCAGCGCUUUAGACAGCAGUGGACCAACCAGCAGUGCCCUGCAGCUCAAUAAACCCUCGGGCCUGAGUUUGGAGGACCCUGUCAAGAUGAUGGACUCCAUACUGAACGAUAACGGAGCGAUAUCUCAGAACAUCAACCUGCUGGGCAAGAUGGAGCUGAUGGACUAUCUGGACAGCAUUGACUGCAGUCUGGAGGACUUCCAGGCCAUGCUGUAUGGAAAACAGUUCGGCUUGGACUUUGAUGCCCUCGAGGAGAGCGUGUCCUCCAAAGAGAACUCCUCGCAGCUAAACCGAGGCAAGAGAGAGGAAGUCGACCCAGACAAGCAGUUGAUCCAGUACACCUCUUGCCCCCUGCUGGCCUUCCUUGAUGGCAGCCUCCCUCAUCCAGAGCUGGACCUGGGCAGCGGCAGCGACAGCGACAGCUCCUAUAACCCCCACCUCCAGCCCCCUCCCAGCCCCGGCGCUCCCGUGGAGGCCGAGCCGCCCUCCGAGCUGCUGGACGCCGGCCUGGAGUCGAAGCAGCCGUCCCGCAGCUCCCUGAUCCGCCUGGAGCCUCUGACGGAGGCGGAGGCCAGCGCCGAGACGCUCCUCUACCUGUGCGAACUGAGUCCCGCCGGAGCGGAGGCCGACGCCACCCUGCUGGACAGAGUGUGAGCGGGGGCGGGGGAACCGGUGUGACUGUUGGCUCCAUCCCCUCCAUCCUCCAGACAGGGACUGAUAGUGUGUUAAUAUCCCCUCGCCUCCUCAGGCCUGAGCUGUGUGUGUUUUGUUGAGAAGAUAAUGAGAGGAGUGAAGGAAGAAAGCGACAGAAUAGCUGCAGUUGGUACCGUGUGCACAUUCGACAUGAGAAGGCCUUUGCAUUGAAGAGGACAUUUGAGUUCCAGAAGUAAGACCCAUUUUCAUUCAAUAUAAUAAUAGUUUAACAACUUAUGUUAUUUGUUAUGGGAGUCAUAAGUCGGUCAAAACAGAACACACAUCAAACAAUUCAAUUCAAAACCCAUACUUUACAUACAGUAUAUCUGUAUGUGCCCAUUAAGGAGAAAUGCCCAUAAACCUUAGAAAUCAUCUUUUCUCUGCUGUAUCAACAGUAAACCGACCGAUUGUUCUGACAUCAGGACUUAUGGUGCGUUCCAGUCGAACUAGGAAUUCGGGAUUUUCGAAAGUAUUGUUAUCAACUUGUAAUGCUAACAUUGGCCAACCUGGCUGGAGUUGCAUUUGGAGCUCGCUGGGUUUAGGAAAACAAUAACUGGACGCGGGACAACAAUGGCAUGGUUGGGUUUAGGAAAAGAAGAAAGCAGCGGUUGGGUUCAGGAAACGUGACACGCGGGACACGAUCCGCAGUCUCCGAGGGUGAAAGUCCUGUGUUUGACCCGUCCACCCCCCUCGGGUUUUCGGCCUUUCACACUACUUGUUACGGCGUAAAUUGAUGCGCAAUCACAAUGGAGGCCAAAUGGCGUUGAUAAACCCGCUUACAAGCGAUUAUGCGUCUUGAUAACACGCCAAAAUGGCAUACAAAUUGGCGCGCUCAUACCUCUGGCUGUUCAAUGCACACAUGUCCAGUGCUGUGUUCAAAAACCGGCAAACAUUCAGGCGUUUUUCAUCGAUACCGUCGGAUUUAUUGUGAGAUUAAAUCCACGUGUAGGUCAGAAGCAGAGACAGAGUGUGAAAACAGAGACCGCUUGCUGCCAUGUGUCUGAAAUGGAAACCCAUUUCUUUUUGAUAGGAGUACUUUAUUUCCACAACUUUAGUGUUUUGUUUUUUUUCCUUCAACACGAUGCUUUCAAAGGUCAACAUGACAUGAUGUGCACAAACUAGUGGCAAGUGUAAGCACAGGACACGAGGGCUCGGCUCCUCCUUCAGCGCAGCUUCACUCUGCCUCCUCUUCUCUUCAGUAUCUUCAGCAUCCCAUCUGAUCCUCAUGACCAACCUGUAUUAACACACUUAACUUUGUAUGUACUUCUGAAAAUGUAUUUAUUCUGUUUGUUUAUUUUUUACACACAUUUUUCUUACAUUUAUGUCCACAAAGCUAAGACUCUUCAGAUAGUGCCGGGGGCUUACUUACUUCCCUUUGAGUUCAUUCAUUUAAUGAAAGCCACAUUCUAGAAAACUGGGACAAAAGGUUAUUUCAACUAAAGACUGUAUAUUAACCUGGUAAAGCAUCAGAUUAUUAAAAAAAGUCAUUUUACAGUUUGCUCAUCACUCAGUGAUCUGGCGAAGUCGGGGGCUGAGACAGCUUGUUGUAAAAUGGAAUGUUAAACCUGUCAACAUUUCUGAGAUACGUAGUUCAGGUGCGUGUGUGAGAGAACGGGUGUCCAGCAGGGGAUGCUGCCGUCCAACAAAGACACCACGAGGAUAAUAUUUGGGUCCAUUUGAUGUUGUGGUCAGCUUUGUUUUGUUUUUUUUUAGGUAGCAAAGUCAUCCUAUAGUGUCAGUUUGAAUCCCCUUUAUCAACAGUCUUAGAACAGUAACUGUAACCUGUUGUCCCAGCUGUCAAGAAUAAAAAGGUAAACACACAAUUUCACUACUUUUAUUUUUAUUUUUUUAAAGGAACUCUCUGAUUUUGUUACAGUUGUUCCUUAACUUCACACACCUCCGAGAUUUUCCGUUCAGCACGUUAAAAACUGAUCACCGUUUGGGAAACAACCGAGAAGUGAGAGAAAUCGCGUGAGCUCCGUGAACAGCUGUAAAUGAUGAUGUCACUGUGGUGGUGUUGAGUAGCCUUAGUGUGUUCAUGUUGUGCUCUGUCCUCACUGAUAUAGAAGUGCCUGCAUCCCUUUUCCCAUUUGUUCUGCUAGAGCCCCUCUCCCACCCACCCUUCCUACCAGCUGUCUCGUUGUUGCAGCUUUGCAGUUACAAUAAAGAAAAUGCCACUGUG